AUGAGGAAAGAUGGAGCUGCAAAAAUAGCACACAUAGUGGCGGCAAUUCUUUUUGCCGUUUCAGAGAUAUGCAGCACAAAAGAAAAAGAGACAAGCAUGGAAAUAACGCAUGCCAUUGCGAUGAAGAAUGAGGCAGAAGCAGUGGCCAAAGAAAAAGCAAAAGAGAUCUAUCUGGAAGAAAUAGAAAGAGAGACGCUACACGCACUGGGGGAUAUUCCCGAUAGGGUGGCGAGAAAAAUCAUAAGCAGCCCAGUAAAGACUGGCAAACUCUUUCAGACGCUUUCUUGCUUGGAUUCGGCCGUGGAAAAAGCACACGAAAUUCUUGAAAACAUACAAGUGAUAGAGUGCAUGCAAACACUGCACAUCCUACAGAGCAUUCUAGAGCGGAGCAAGAAGCUCUGCAUUGAGUGUGAAGCGCUCGCAGAUUUAAAGCUUUCUUCGGCCAAGGAAAACCUAAGCGUUUUGGUCUACGAUGCUUGGAUCAGAAAGCGUCUAAAAUCCCAUAAGCUCCAGCUUUUACAAAUAACAGCUGCAGCUGAGUUGUUUUCUUGCACCCCGGCGGAUGCAAAAGGCAAAGAUGCGGGCGUCAAAGACCGAAUACACGCGAUUGUAUGCAAGCACUCGGAAAAAGACAUACACAUUGCUUGCAAGCUCAACAUGCAUCUCUCAGCCAUCGCCAGUAGCUGCGUGCAAAAGCGAAAAGAAACGUUCAAAAAGCUAUACGUAGAUGCGCACAGACUAGAGAGUGCAUAUACUGCGCUAAGGGAACAGCUUAAAGACAAAAAGGGCGGCCAUCCCGAGAACGGCUGUUUGGACCUAAUGUGGCAUCUGAAAAGCCGCGCGCUAGAGGAAACAAAAAACGGUUUUCUCAAAACACUGUCCAAGUAUGGAUCAUCUUAG